AUGAACAACCCGGCAGACGCAAAUCCGCCUGCAGGAGGUGGAAAUCAACAAGCCGGAGCUGAGCUGGCAGCCGCCGUGUCCGUAAAGCUGCCAGAUUUCUGGAAAAAUGAUCCGAACAUGUGGUUUGCACAGGCGGAAGCUCAAUUCCACCUGGCCAGGAUCACGCAGGACGAGACCAAGUUUUGGCACAUCGUCGCUAGGAUUGACCAGAGUGUUAUCUGCCACAUUUCGGAUCUGGUCAACUCACCACCAAUGAUAAACAAGUAUCAAGCAGUUAAAGACCGGCUCAUUGCACGGUUCGCGUUAUCGCCACAAGCCCGCAUUGAGCAACUGCUGGGAUCGAGCGAUUUAGGUGAUCUCCGGCCGUCACAUCUUCUCGCUCGCAUGCAGGAAAUCGCUACCGGCUUGAAUGUGAAUGAUAGCAUCAUGAAGACAUUGUUUUUGCAACGCAUACCAAGCCACGCCCGUGUAAUUUUAUCCAUCAGUGACGGCAGUCUCACCAAGUUGGCCGAAAUGGCCGAUCGAAUGCUAGAUUCUUCUACGUCGAAUGUUGCCAGCUGCGGCUCUGCGCCCGACUCCUCACCUCUCGAUUACAGUACUCUAAAAGGAGAGAUAGAAGCGCUGACGGCCGAAAUUCGUCGGAUGAAAACCAGACCUACUCGAAGCCGAAGCCGUUCGUCAUCCAGACCAUUCAAGGAGAGCAAACGAUUUGCUGGUACCAUCGCAAAUAUGGUGGUCGUGCUGAGCACUGCCGAGCCCCCUGCAGCUUCAAUCACCAAAAAAACUAGACUCUCGCCCUCCUGA